AUGGCGUUUCGUGCGGGAGGUUUAUUUAUGCCAAAUAUGAAUAGCAUCGUAAGAAACUCGUGUGGUUACACGCCUACCGUCUUUGACGGAAAAACCGAACAAAUGUCAAAAGUGUGCGAAUAUUUGGAAGAGAAAGGUUUCAUUCCAAAAGAACUAGUUAGAAACGAAGUAACUUGGUUUUAUGGUAACCUUGGUAUCGAUGAUACGUAUUUCAGUUUGGAAAGUGCCGAAACUAUCGCCAACCAUAUCUUGGCUUUAUACGGUGCUAAAAUUUUUGCAUUCACAAAAAAUGAAAACGUCUUGGAUAUCAAUCUUGAACGAGAGACUGAAGAAACAUCCGUAUAUAUUCACACUUCUCGUCCUGGUAUCUCUCAACUAACUGGGCCUCAAUACGAAAGAAGAAUCGAUGAAAAAUUUCUAGAUAUUAGUACUACUACCAAAGCUUAUCGUCUAGAAUCUUACCGUUCUCAAGGAAAUGUCUCCUCUGGAAUGGAUACUCAACUUCGUUGUUACUUUGUCACAAAAUGUAAUUUCGUAAAAACUGAUCCUACCCCAGAAGAGGAAACUGAUAUUCGUAUGGUCGGUGAUAAAACUUUCUUAGAAAAAGCUACUGAUAAUACUUUGGAAAUUUAUCAUAAUGUUAUGAAAGCUGUUCUUCAAAGAUCUGGUCCUGUAAUUGAAAUGUUUGAAGUUGAAGGAAGUCGUGAACGUCGUCUUGUUAUUGGUUAUAAACAACGAAGUACUCAAUCCUUUUUCUCCGCCAUGUCUGAUUUAUAUCAUUUCUAUGAGCUUUAUUCAACCAGAAAAUAUGUCGAACAAUUCUCUAAUGGUGUCACCGUUAUGAGUCUUUAUCUUAACCCUCUUCCUAGUUCAAAAUCCGCUCCAAUUGAACAUACUAUUCAUCAAGUUAUUAAAGAAGCUUCCUUAAUUUAUUGUUUACCUACUACUCCUUUACAAUCUUUCUUUCAAACCAAUAAAUUAUCCGUUCAAGAAGCUAUUUACGGUUAUAUUGGUUGGCUAUUCGCUCAACAUUUCCUAAAUCGUUUGGGUAGUGAAUAUACUAGUCUAGCUAGUGCUAUGGAUCCAAAUGAUCCUGUUCAUAUUGAAGUUUUGAACAAGAUUAAAAAAAGAUUACGUUCUGAUACUUUUACUCGUGAAUAUAUUUUGGAAAUUAUAAAAAUGUAUCCGGAUUUAAUUCGUCUUCUUUAUAUCAACUUUGCUUUAACUCAUUAUGUUAACCCUCGUGGUGCUGCCCUUGAACCAACUUUAUCUUAUCAACGUUUACAAACUGAUGUUAUCCUCUCUGAUGAUGAACUUUUGGAUAAAAUCAAGAAAACUACUUCCAAUGCUCAUGAAUUUAUGGUGUUUGAAUCCUUCUUAAUCCUUAAUAAACAUAUCCUUAAAACAAAUUUUUAUCAACCUACAAAAGUCGCUUUAUCUUUCCGACUUGAUCCCUCUUUCUUACCUGCUAUCGAAUAUCCUACAAGGUUAUUCGGUAUGUUCCUUGUUGUGGGUUCCGAAUUUCGUGGUUUCCAUUUAAGAUUCCGUGAUGUAGCUCGUGGUGGUAUUCGUAUAAUUCGUUCUAGAAAUAAAGAAACUUAUAGUAUCAAUUUAAGAUCUCUUUUUGAUGAAAAUUAUGCGCUGGCCGCUACUCAACAACGAAAAAAUAAAGAUAUUCCUGAAGGUGGUUCAAAGGGUACUAUUCUUUUGGAUGUUAAUCAACAAGAUAAAGAUCGUGUUGCUUUUGAAAAAUAUGUUGAUAGUAUCCUAGAUCUUUUAAUCGUUGGUAAUUCGCCUGGAAUCAAAGAAAAAAUUGUCGAUAAUUAUAAUAAACCAGAAAUUUUAUUCUUUGGUCCUGAUGAAGGAACUGCUACAUUUGUUGAUUGGGCUAGUGCUCAUGCUCGAGCUCGUGGUGCUCCAUUCUGGAAAGCAUUUACUACCGGAAAAAGUCAAUCAAUGGGUGGUAUUCCUCAUGAUCUUUAUGGUAUGACCACACGUUCAGUUCAUCAAUAUGUACUAGGAAUUUAUAGAAAACGUGGACUUAAGGAAGCAAAAAUUACUAAAUUCCAAACUGGUGGUCCUGAUGGUGAUUUGGGUAGUAAUGAAAUUAAAAUUUCAAAGGAUCGUACCGUCGCUAUUGUUGAUGGUAGUGGUGUAUUAUGUGAUCCUGAGGGUAUUGAUCGUGUUGAAUUGAAAAAAUUGGCUGAUAAUAGAUUGAUGAUAUCUCAUUUUGAUACUUCAAAAUUGACUCCAAAAGGUUUUAGAGUGUUGGUAGAUCAACAAAAUAUAAAAUUACCAAAUGGUCAAGUCAUAGAAGAUGGUUUAAUGUUCCGUAAUAAUUUCCAUUUAACAACUAGUGUAUCUGCUGAUCUAUUUGUCCCUUGUGGUGGUAGACCUGAAUCUGUCGAUCUUAACAAUGUUAAUGCAUUACUCGAUUUAAAUGGCAAACCAAGAUUUAAAUAUAUUGUUGAAGGUGCCAAUUUAUUCUUCACUCAAGAAGCUCGUAUUCGUUUAGAACAAGCUGGUGCUAUAAUUUUCAAAGAUGCUUCUGCAAAUAAAGGUGGUGUUACUUCUUCAUCUUUAGAAGUAUUGGCUGCUUUGGCAUUAAAUGAUGAAGAAUUCGAAAAGAUCAUGGUUGUAAAAGAUGGUAUGAUCCCUCAAUUCUAUCAAGAUUAUAUAAAAGAAGUUCAUCGUGUUAUUGAAAAGAACGCUGAAUUGGAAUUCGAAUGUAUCUGGAGAGAACAUAGACGAACAAACAAACCACGAUCAAUAAUUUCUGAUGAACUCAGUCUUGCUAUAGUUGAAUUAAAUGAAAGCAUGCAACAAUCAAUUCUAUGGCAAAAUGUACCUUUAAGAAAGGCUGUAUUAAGAGAUGCUUUUCCACAAUUACUUCUUGAUAGAUUAGGUCUAGAUGCUUUAUUAGAAAGAAUACCAGAGUCCUAUGUCAGAGCCAUUUUUGGUUCUUACUUGGCAAGUCGAUUUGUAUACAAAUAUGGCACACAACCAUCACAAUUUGCUUUCUUUGAAUUCAUGAACCCAUUUUACGCUAAAAUUGAUGAUCAUUAUAGUUGA